GCUGGAGGAGCCCGUCAGCUGAUUUCCAGCGCCAGGCGUUGAGGCAGAGAGAGAGAGAGAGAAGGAGGGCGAGGGGCGGCAGGCGAGCCCGGAGGAAGGUGGGGGGCAAGCGGGGAGCCCCUUCUGCCGGCGGAGAGGCGGCCCCCGCCCACACACAGGUGUGAUACCAUAAUGGCGGGCAACAGUUUGGUCCUACCAAUUGUGCUAUGGGGACGCAAAGCUCCCACUCAUUGUGUAUCGGCCAUCCUACUAAUGGAUGAUGUGUCAAUGAUUGUAACGGGAUGUCAUGAUGGACAGAUAUGUCUCUGGGACCUCUCUUCAGAUCUGGAAAUAAAUCCUAGAGCCCUGUUGUUUGGUCACACAGCUUCAGUUACUUGUUUGUCCAAGGCCAGUGCUUCGUCCGAGAAGCAGUAUAUAGUGAGUGCAUCAGAAAGUGGGGAGAUGUGCCUCUGGGAUGUGAAUGAUGGAAGAUGCAUUGAAUUUACUAAAUUAGCCUGCACACAUACUGGUAUACAGUUCUAUCAGUUCACAAUUGGAACCCAGCGUGAAGGGAGGCUGUUGUGUCAUGGCCACUACCCAGAAAUUCUUGUUGUGGAUGCUACCAGCCUUGAAGUUCUUUAUUCCUUGGUGUCAAAGAUUUCUCCUGACUGGAUCAGCUCCAUGAGUGUGAUUCGAUCUCACAGAACACAAGAGGAUACUGUUGUGGCCGUUUCAGUGACUGGCAUUCUGAAAGUGUGGAUAGUAACUUCCGAAGUGAAUCACAUGCAGGAUACAGAGCCAAUCUUUGAAGAGGAGUCUAAACCAAUUUACUGUCAAAACUGCCAAAGUAUUUCCUUCUGUGCAUUUACCCAAAGAUCACUUUUGGUGGUUUGCUCUAAAUACUGGAGGGUGUUUGAUGCUGGUGAUUAUUCCCUGUUAUGCUCAGUCCCCAGUGAGAAUGGACAGACAUGGACAGGUGGCGAUUUUGUAUCAGCGGACAAAGUAAUCAUAUGGACAGAAGAUGGUCAAAGUCUUAUAUAUAAACUGCCAGCCAGCUGCUUGCCAGCUAGUGACUCAUUUCGCAGUGAUGUUGGAAAAGUUGUUGAAAAUCUAAAUCCCCCUCAACUCCAUUGUGUUGUGGACAGAGCAGUGGAGAAAUCAGAUAAACAGUUAUUAAUCUGCCCUCCUGUGACUCGGUUCUUCUACGGCCGCAGAGAGUGCUUUCACAAGCUGCUUAUUCAGGGAGACUCCUCAGGGAGGCUCAGCAUUUGGAGUAUCCCAAAUUCACUUGACCAUCCAAUUGUGACAGAAGCAGGAUUGAAAGUGACAACUUCCACUUCCCUGCAAGAAGCGUUCACCAAACUUGCUCCUCGUCCUGCUGGAAUCAUAGAUCAGCUGAGCUUCAUGCCCAAUAGCGAUGAGCCGCUUAAAGUGACGGCAAGUGUAUAUAUCCCUGCGCAUGGACGCCUGGUUUGCGGCCGCGAAGAUGGAAGCAUUAUUAUUGUACCAGCAACUCAAACUGCUAUAGUUCAGCUCCUGCAAGAUGAGCACGUGCGCAGAAGGGGUUGGCCGCCCCACAGAACUCUGCGUGGCCAUCGGAACAAAGUCACCUGCUUGCUGUAUCCCCACCAAGCCUCCCCUCGUUACGACCAAAGAUACCUGGUGUCAGGCGGCGUGGAUUUUUCCGUCAUUAUCUGGGACAUCUUUUCUGGAGAAAUGAAACACAUCUUCUGUGUGCACGGUGGGGAAAUCACGCAACUUUUGGUCCCUCCGGAAAACUGCAGUUCGAGAGUCCAGCAUUGUGUUUGCUCUGUUGCCAGUGACCACUCAGUAGGACUUCUGAGCUUACGGGAGAAAAAGUGUAUCAUGUUAGCUUCCCGGCACCUCUUUCCUAUUCAAGUCAUAAAGUGGAGACCAUCAGAUGACUACCUAGUUGUGGGCUGUUCAGAUGGCUCUGUGUAUGUCUGGCAGAUGGAUACUGGUGCUCUUGAUCGCUGCGUUAUGGGAAUAACAGCCGUGGAGAUCCUGAAUGCCUGUGACGAGGCUGUGCCUGCCGCAGUCGAUUCCCUCAGCCACCCUGCUGUCAACUUAAAGCAGGCCAUGACUCGACGUAGCCUUGCGGCACUGAAAAACAUGGCCCAUCAGAAGCUCCAGACUCUUGCCACAAACCUCCUGGCCUCCGAUUCAGCUGACAAAGGAAAUUUGCCUAAGUACUCUCACAACUCUCUGAUGGUUCAGGCCCUGAAGACUAACUUAACAGACCCAGAUGUCCAUGUGCUCUUCUUUGAUGUAGAAGCUCUGAUUAUUCAACUGCUAACUGAAGAAGCCUCCAGGCCUAAUACAGCCCUUAUUUCCCCAGAGAAUUUGCAGAAAGCAUCUGGUAGUUCUGACAAAGGGAGCUCCUUCCUGGCUGGCAAACGAGCAGCGGUCCUGUUCCAGCAGGUCAAAGAAACAAUCAAAGAGAACAUAAAAGAACAUCUCCUUGAUGAGGACGAGGACGACGAGGAAGCCAGGCAGAGGAGAGAAGACAGCGAUCCCGAGUACCGGUCCAGCAAAUCUAAGCCCUUAACCCUCUUAGAAUACAACCUAACCAUGGACACAGCCAAGUUGUUUAUGUCAUGCCUUCAUGCCUGGGGCUUGAACGGUGUUCUAGAUGAGCUUUGCAGUGACCGUUUGGGGAUGCUGAGACCUCACUGCUCCGUCUCUUUUGGCUUGCUCUCGAGAGGAGGCCACAUGUCGCUGAUGCUUCCCGGAUACAAUCAGCCGAUAGGCAAGGUGCCCUCUGUUGAUGUGGAGGUAGGAAAGUCUGUAUCUCCCACGGAGGGACAUAUCAGAGGAACAUACGGCAUAUCACGUGCAGUAACUACUCAGCACCUCCUCUCCAUAAUCUCCUUGGCUAACACCUUGAUGAGCAUGACGAACGCAACAUUCAUUGGUGAUCAUAUGAAGAAGGGACCAGUCAGACCACCUAGACCAGGGACUCCUGAGCUUGCUAGAGUGAAGACUCCUGCUCCAGUUGCCAGUCCGACAGCUCAGGGGCUGAUUAAACAAGUUGCUCCUGCUGUUUCUGCUAGCACUGAAGCUGAUCUCUCUGGCUCUGACCCUGCUCCUUUACAUACCUGUUUCUUAGUAAAUGAAGGAUGGAGUCAACUUGCUGCUAUGCAUUGUGUUAUGCUUCCUGACCUGUUGGGCCUGGAUAAAUUUAGACCACCUCUCCUUGAAAUGUUAGCUCGUAGAUGGCAAGAUCGAUGCUUGGAGGUGCGAGAAGCUGCCCAGGCCUUGCUGUUAGCAGAAUUGAGAAGAAUUGAGCAGGCAGGGAGGAAAGAGACAAUUGACAUGUGGGCUCCGUAUUUGCCACAGUAUAUGGACAGUGUUAUCUCACCUGGAGUGACCACAGAAGGAAUUCAGACCGCUACUGGUGCUCCUGAACAAUUGGUAUCUGAAACUAAAAUUCCAGAAGAGGAGCAUGACCUUGUUGAUGAGGACAUCCCAGCAGGCCCCCUGUCUGGAUUUCCGCAAAUGAAAAAAAUAACUAUGUCGUACGAAGAGAGGCGAAAGCAAGCUACUGCUAUAGUUCUGCUAGGAGUAAUUGGGGCAGAGUUUGGAGCAGAAAUUGAACCUCCGAAGUUGCUGACCAGGCCGCGCAGCUCUAGCCAAAUUCCCGAAGGGUUUGGUUCAACGAGUGCUGGAUCCAACUAUUCUUUGGCGAGGCAUACUUGCAAGGCCUUGACGUAUCUUCUGCUACAGCCUCCCAGCCCGAAACUUCCGCCACACAGCACCAUCCGAAGAACUGCCAUUGAUCUCAUAGGACGAGGGUUUACGGUAUGGGAGCCUUAUAUGGAUGUCUCUGCUGUGCUGAUGGGCCUAUUGGAGCUCUGUGCCGAUGCUGAGAAGCAACUUGCAAACAUCACAAUGGGGCUGCCUCUGAGUCCAGCAGCUGACUCCGCCCGCUCUGCACGACACGCUCUCUCGCUCAUUGCCACGGCCAGACCACCCGCCUUCAUUACAACUAUUGCCAAGGAGGUGCACAGGCACACUGCUCUCCAAGCAAAUACUCAAUCUCAGCAGAAUGUUCAUACCAGUACGUUGGCUCGGGCCAAAGGAGAAAUUCUGAGAGUUAUUGAAAUACUUAUUGAAAAAAUGCCUAUGGAUGUUGUGGAUCUCCUAGUAGAGGUUAUGGACAUCAUCAUGUAUUGUCUGGAAGGUUCAUUGGUCAAGAAAAAGGGACUUCAAGAGUGCUUUCCAGCUAUCUGCAGGUUCUACAUGGUCAGCUAUUAUGAGCGGAGCCACAGAAUAGCAGUUGGAUCUCGCCAUGGUUCAGUGGCGCUCUACGACAUCCGGACUGGAAAAUGUCAGACCAUCCACGGCCAUAAAGGAGCCAUAACAGCCGUGGCUUUUGCUCCCGAUGGACGCUAUCUUGCUACGUACUCCAACAUAGACAGCCACAUUUCCUUCUGGCAGAUGAACACCUCUCUUCUGGGAAGUAUCGGGAUGCUGAAUUCUGCACCACAGCUCCGUUGCAUUAAAACGUAUCAGGUGCCCCCCGUCCAACCUGCAUCGCCAGGCUCCCACAAUGCCCUCAGACUGGCCAGGCUUAUCUGGACUUCCAAUCGCAAUGUCAUUCUCAUGGCCCACGACGGCAAAGAGCACCGAUUUGUGGUGUAGAGCCAGGCGUUCUGCUUUUGUUUCUUGCUCUCAAUACAGUUUUGUUUGGAAACCCCCUGUAAA